CACACAGCACUGAGGUGUGAAGGACAACAAAACAAUAAAGACAAAAGGGACCCUUCACGCAUUGUCGACAACGUAGUCAUGAACAAGUAGCUGAAACCAGAAGAAGGGUCCAAACAUUGAAACUCACUCCCAAAGAAAGCAGAACAACCAACCCAUUAUGGUUCUGGUUUUUUCAGUGUUCCGAGAGGCAAGUUUUGGAUUUUUCUGGGGGUUUCGUCUGGAUUCUUCUUCAAUUUCAAAACCCUCCAAGGGAUAAGCGUUCUCUCACUGCAAUGCGUUCCUCUGUUGGUGACCUCGUUUCGAAGAAGGGUCGUCUUUUGUAAGUUCUUCACGCUUGCAGCUCUUCUCCAUGAUGUCACUUUCACCUAGCUUAGGUUCUCCCAACAAUAUCUUGCUUAGAGAAAUGAAAUCAGAGGAAAGAGGUUUGUACUUGAUCCAUUUGCUGCUCACUUGUGCAAAUCACGUAGCUGCUGGUAAUCUUGAAAAUGCAAACGCCACACUCGAGCAGAUUUCACUGCUUGCUUCCCCUGAUGGGGAUACUAUGCAGCGUAUAGCUGCGUAUUUUAUGGAAUCACUUGCAGAUCGGAUUCUGAAAACAUGGCCUGGGAUCCACAGAGCCCUCAACUCAACCAGAGUGACUAUGCUAUCGGAAGAAAUUCUUGUUCAGAAGCUCUUCUUUGAGCUUUUCCCUUUCUUGAAGGUGGCAUAUGUUCUCACAAAUCAGGCCAUCGUUGAGGCAAUGGAAGGGGAGAAAGUGAUUCACAUAAUUGAUCUCAAUGCUGCUGAAGCUACUCAGUGGAUUGCCCUCCUCCAAGUUUUGAGUGCUCGUCCCGAAGGCCCUCCUCAUUUGAGAAUCACUGGGAUUCAUCAGAAAAAGGAGAUUCUGGAUCAGGUAGCUCAUAGACUAACUGAAGAGGCAGAAAAGUUGGAUAUACCAUUCCAAUUCAACCCUGUAGUCAGCAAACUAGAAACUCUUGAUUUUGACAAACUUCGAGUGAAAACUGGUGAGGCACUAGCAAUAAGUUCCAUACUCCAAUUACAUUCCCUUUUGGCCUUUGAUGAUGAAGCCUUGCGGAGAAAAUCUCCUCGUCUGUUAAAAGGCUCAAACGGAAUUCACCUGCAAAGAGUCCUGCCACUGAGCCAAACCACAUUGGGUGAUAUGCUUGAGAAAGACAUGAUCAAUGGGUACUCUCCAAGCCCUGACUCAACUUCGUCAUCACCAGCAUCUUUUACCACUUCCAAUUCAAUGAACAUGGAGAGCUUUCUCAAUGCCUUAUGGGGUUUAUCACCAAAGGUCAUGGCUGUGACAGAGCAAGACUGUAACCACAAUGGUCCAACUCUGAUGGAUAGGCUACUUGAAGCACUAUAUUCUUAUGCAGCAUUGUUUGACUGUUUGGAAUCAACAGUCUCAAGAACGUCAUUGGAGAGAUUAAGGGUGGAGAAGAUGAUUUUCGGGGAGGAAAUAAAGAACAUCAUUGCAUGUGAAGGGCCUGAUCGAAAGGAGAGACACGAAAAGCUUGAAAAGUGGUUCCAGAGAUUUGACCAAGCUGGGUUCGGUAAUGUGCCUCUGAGCUACUAUGGUAUGUUGCAAGCAAGGAGGUUCGUCCAGAGCUAUGGCUCUGAAGGAUACAGAAUGAGAGAUGAAAAUGGCUGUGUAUUAAUUUGCUGGCAGGAUCGACCAAUGUUUUCAAUAUCAGCUUGGAGAUCUAGGAAGUAAGUAAGAGAGUUCAAGGGGUAAAUUAAUGACCUUUUUUUUUUCUUCUUUUCAUUGCAUGAGAGUGUUUUAUCUUUUGGUAAUGACUAUUCUUCAAGAUCGGUUUUUAGAGAUACCCUUUAUUCAUUGCCUGGUAAAACCUCAUAAAAAGAGAAACUUGGGAAGAGAUAGAGUAAGGGUAGAAGGACAUAAGAACAGAACAGAGGAUUUAAACUUGGUUGUUUAUGGUUUGAAUUUUUUACUGCUGAUAAUUUUUUUCUAUAAA